GAAUUGUACGUAGAUACGGUUUCCACCUUUACCGCUAACGUUUCGUCGUCAUGUUCUCGCACGCGUCUUCAAGAACGUUCCCUUACUCUUCCCGCAACUGCUUUUAAAAUCCUCUCUAUUAUCUUCUCUCGCAUUUCUAUCGUAACUGGCAAAAACCUAUUCCUCCACCAGCGAAACUUAAUUAUCACCCCUAGCGAUCGAAUAUUCGCGCGUUAUUAUUAAAGAAAGAAUGCAUAACUGGAAUCUUCCUUACCGCAAAGAUGACGUGGAGAGCGGCGGCGAGAGACCGCUGUAUCCGACGAUGCUUGAAAGCCCUGAACUCCGGUGGGGCUUUAUCAGAAAGGUUUACUCCAUAAUCGCUUUUCAGCUUUUAGCAACAAUCGCCGUCGCCGCCACGGUGGUCACCGUCCGUCCAAUCUCCGUGUUCUUCUCCACCACUAGCGCCGGUCUUGCUCUCUGGAUAGUUCUAAUCAUCACCCCUCUUAUAGUGUUGUGUCCUUUGUACUAUUACCACCAGAAACAUCCGGUGAACUACUUGCUCCUUGGGAUUUUCACCGUGGCUCUUGCUUUCGCCGUGGGGUUAUCAUGUGCAUUCACCAGCGGGAAAGUGAUUCUUGAGUCAGCGAUUCUAACAACAGUAGUGGUGCUUUCCUUAACAUUCUACACCUUCUGGGCAGCAAAGAAAGGAUAUGACUUUAAUUUCCUCGGCCCAUUCUUAUUUGGUGCUCUCAUCGUUCUCAUGGUCUUUGCUCUUAUUCAGAUAUUUUUCCCGUUGGGUCGGAUCUCAGUGAUGAUCUAUGGUUGCUUGGCAUCGAUAAUAUUCUGCGGCUACAUAGUGUACGAUACAGACAACCUCAUCAAACGUUACAAUUACGAUGAGUACAUCUGGGCAGCAGUUUCUCUCUACUUGGACAUCAUCAACCUCUUCUUGUCUCUCCUUACCAUUUUCAGAGCUGCCGAGAGUUAAACUUGUCAUGUCUUUCAAAUAUGUAAAUCUCUAAUGUUACCAAAGGUGUUUUGUUUCUUAUUCAUGUAUAUAAAACUUGAAUUCACUUCCAUUAUUAUUACGUUUA